AUGUCUAACCAGCAAGUGGGUUCGGUGUUCGAGAAGGUCAUCCAGGAGGUCUGUGAUGCCUCUCAGGUGGACUUUGAGGAAAGCGGCGUUGACCAGCAGACUUUGCAUGAUCUGCGUGAGACCUGGCAACAUAAGCUUUCUUCCGUGAACGUCGCUCAUUUCCCUUGGGACCCGGCCCCGCAGCAGCCUACUCCUCAGAAUGUUCCUCUCCCCACUGCUACUGUCCCCUCCAACGCUCCCCUCCCACCGCCCCAACCCCAAUAUGUUCCUUCACCUCUCCCAAUGGCCCAGGGUGCACCCUCGCACUCGAUGCCCAUGGGCGGUCCUCGCAUCAAGGCCGAGCCAGGAUCCAAUGGCCAACCCGGACUGCCGCAGAUGACGACACCCAUGCCCCCGCAUGGGCUGAACCCCCAAUCGGCGCGCGACCGUGCUGCAAAUGCUCUUCACCAGAAGUACGGCGCCGCCGCCGCGAACUCUGUCCAUCAAAUGCAAGCACAGGCACAAGCUGGACAUGGAUACCAGCAGAUGCACCCGAAUGCUCACGGGCAGAUACCGCAAGUAAAACAAGAACCAGGUUACCCGCAUAUGGGCCCUGGACAGACCGAUGGGGCAGAUGACGCUAUGUCAGAUUGGAAAGCAGAGGUAGCUCGCCGCAGAGCAGCUGCCGAGAGUGGAGAGCGUGAUCGACUUCUUCGCGCGCACCUCAAUCAGCGCAUGGCUGAGUAUGAGGGCGGCGGUCUUCUCCGUCCCUUGGCUGAGCACGAGUCUUCUUCGAAGGUCGCUCGUCGUGCGGCUCUCGUUGCACCCCUUAACCAAAAUACUGCUACGGAGUCAACGUCAUGUACUCCCCGCGCUACUGGUCAAUUCGAUGGCACGGAUGGCGACGUCAAAGAGGAAGAUGAGGAUGCUAUCAACUCCGACCUUGAUGAUCCGGAUGACCUUGUCGCUGAUGACAACGAUGCGGAUGAUUCAGAGGGUCAGGUCAUGCUUUGCACAUACGACAAGGUCCAACGGGUUAAGAACAAGUGGAAGUGCACCCUGAAGGAUGGUAUCCUGACCACCGGUGGCAAAGAGUACGUUUUCCACAAGGGCCAGGGCGAGUUUGAAUGGUAG